AUGUCAUCACCACAAUCUAGACAUACAAGCUCAAGUUCAAACUACGAUAAUAACCUUAAUCAUUCAACGCCGGUGAUCAAACCCAAAUUGGACUCCAUUGAAACAUCAUCGGCCUCAUCUAACAAGUCCCCUCCUGUGACAGACCUGUUGCCGCCUAGUAAUCUCAGUGAUAUUGAAUCUGUCGACGAUAAGGAAAGGGAACGUACCCACAAAUUGCGUGUCGUCAACCCGGAAACAAUAACAACAACAGCAGGUGCAGAAGGUAAUGACGUAACUGUUGUACAACCGACAGCAACACCCACUAAACAGAAGAGGUCUACUUCACCAACACCAUCAAUUCAAGAAUCAAUAUUGAGUCGUGAUUUCCAAAGAACUGUCAGUGUCAAAUUGUCGCAAUUGCAUGAUACAUCCAGUCUCGAAAGUCUAUUGGCUAAACCAGCACAUCAACAGCCAGCUAAUUUGUCACGAGCACUGAAUAGGGAAUCAGUAUUUAGCAAUAUAAGUCAGUAUUCGGGAAGAGUGGAGCUGAGCGCACAAGCAGUUCCUGUUGUUUUGCAAAGAUCAGAUUCAACCAAGAUCAAAAGGGUGAGAAAUAAGAAUACCAAAGGUGACCAUAGCGACCAGGAAGGUGAACCUUCUGAAAUGAAGUCGGUAAAUACAGCAGAUCUGGUCGAAACUAGUCAACUUUUGAGGAUGGGGAGAACUUCACUGAAAACUUCACCUCUGGUACCAAAAGACAACUACGAUGUUGACGCUGACGUAGACGAGUCUGAUUAUGACGAAAGUUCGAUAUUAAUGGGGAAACUACCAACAACGAAUGCAUCCGACAAUUUGCAAUUGUAUCCCGAUAAGACGUUUGAAACGAGUGUUGAAGGGGCAAUACCUGCACGAUCACCGAGACGUCCUACAUCGAUGCUUCCACCAGGCACGACCUCAAAUGAAAUUGUCAGUGGCGUUGGCGAUAAAGCAGCAAGGAGAAGAACAAUGCAAAUCACUGAUGAUUUGGAUCAGUUAAUGCAAGACGCUACUUCAAUAUCCACAUUCAGCUCAAUGAAGAAUCACAAUGAACCAAUUGGGUUGGAGCCAGAGCGUUAUGAAGAUGAUGAAACAGGGGUGCACUCUGCUGAUGUUGUGGAUACAAAUGGACCUCAUGAUCGUGAUUUAUCAGAUACUGAAUCUCGUGGACCUGAGGUUCCUUCUCAUAGAUAUAGCACUGGCACGUCAUCGACAAAAAUGACUCCAUUACUAAACAAAUUGGCAGUGGAAGAUGAAGAUGAAGAUGAACACUUUGAUGAAGAUGAGCAUAGUGGACACGGAAACGAGUCUGAUUUAAUCACCAUAUCGAAGCGUGAGACUUCAUUACCCCCGCGUCCCUCGGAAGGGGAUAUACGUCGAGCAAGAAACGUAUCGGCAAACAUUCAAAGAAAACAGCAACAGCAACAGCAGCAAGGACAUGAAGAGUACUUUGUCAAUGAUGAAAAUCACGAGAACGAUGACGAAUACUACGAUAUUGACGAACCAAUCCAACAUCCAUCGCGAGGCAAAUCCGUCAAGAGCUCAAUUCGAAGACCAGCAAGAAACAUAACUAAUACUACGCCAACUGCUCACGACGCGGAUGAACAAGAACCACAGCGCGACUCUAAAGCAUCAACGAACAAGAAACACAAGAAAAGAAGUAAAGAUAAAACCAAACACCACCGCCACCAACAUCAGCAACAACAACAACAACAACAACAACACCCCCACCAUCGUGGUGGUGCUACUGGCGUUUCAUCCAGGGGCAACGAACUAAGACCAUUCAGCUACAAAACCCUAGUUUCAUUACUUGAGAGCAUGAAUGGAACCAUUAUUGGUGAAGAAUUUAAUUCAUUGAAUAUCCCCAUUCGAGAAAAACAAUUGAUUGAAAAAAUCAUUGAUAGUUUAUCUCGAUUAACGUCAGAUAUGAUUUUGGAUCAAGAGAGGUAUGAUGUUGGGUUGAAGAGGUUAGAAAAAGCAUUGAGAGUACUUGAAGGGUUCAAUUGA